CUCCCUCUGACGUCAUCACGCACGAAGCAACAGCCGGCUAGGUGAGUGUGUUUGAGGCGGAAUCAAAAACCAUGAAUGCGUUUUCGGAUUGAAACCGAUUGACAGUCCCGUAAUCGAGGUUACAGCUCCGGGCCUGGAGAUCAUGACUCCUGACGACACCUGCUGCGUGACAGCAGAAGAUGGAGGAGAAGGCGAUCAUCUGCAGCCUCUCCUUCUUGAGCGAGUGGACAAAGGACCGGAGAAAAGCUGUCAAACUGUCUUGCGGCAACGGCUGAAGAAACACUGCACGUGCACUUCAAAGAAGGCGAAAUCCAAAGUACUGGGCUUCUUCCCCAUUCUGAAAUGGCUGCCAAAGUACCAGCUCAAGGACUGGAUUCUGGGCGACGCCAUGUCGGGACUGAUUGUUGGAAUCCUGUUGGUUCCACAGUCCAUAGCUUACUCUUUAUUGGCCAGUCAGGACCCGAUAUACGGUCUCUACACGUCCUUCUUCUCCUCCAUCAUCUACGCCCUCUUGGGCACCUCCAGACACAUCUCUGUGGGCAUCUUUGGUGUGCUCUGCCUGCUCGUGGGCCAGGUGGUGGACCGGGAGCUGGCUUUGGCGGGAUACCUCACAGAGAGCGGCGGCUUCAGUGAUAACAACAGCGCCGUCCUGCUGGCUGGCCAGGGGAACGGCAGUGUUGAGUGGGCAUGUGACAGAAGUUGCUAUGCGAUCACGGUGGGCGCUACGGUGACGUUUACUGCCGGGGUUUACCAGGUGCUCAUGGGCCUCUUCCAAGUGGGCUUCGUCUCCGUCUACCUCUCAGACUCGCUCCUCAGUGGCUUCGCGACAGGAGCCUCCUUGACCAUCCUCACCUCGCAGAUCAAGUACCUUUUGGGUCUGAAGAUCCCCAGGCCUCAGGGUUGGUUCACGCUGUUCAAGACGUGGUACGGAAUACUCACCAACCUGGGAAACACCAACAUCUGUGACUUGGUGACCAGUCUGGUGUGUUUGCUGGUUCUAGUACCUACCAAGGAACUCAACUAUCGCUUCAAAUCCAAGCUGAAGGCCCCGAUUCCCUUCGAGCUCUUUGUGGUGAUCAUUGCGACUCUGGCGUCUCACUUCGGCAAGUUCAACACGGAGUACGGCUCGAGCGUGGCCGGUGACAUUCCCACGGGCUUCCUCCCGCCUCAGCUGCCCUCGUGGUCUCUGAUUCCCAACGUGGCCGUCGACGCCUUCUCCAUCGCCAUCGUGGGAUUUGCCAUCACCGUCUCGCUCUCUGAAAUGUUCGCCAAGAAGCACGGCUACGCGGUGGACGCCAACCAGGAGAUGUACGCCAUCGGCUUCUGCAACAUCCUGCCGUCGUUCUUCCGCUGUUUCACCACCAGCGCCGCGCUCACCAAAACGCUGGUCAAGGAGUCGACGGGAUGCCAGACGCAGGUGUCCGGCCUGAUCACCGCCCUCGUCCUCCUGCUGGUGCUUCUGGUUAUUGCGCCGCUCUUCUUUUCCCUUCAAAAGUGCGUCCUCGCCGUCAUCAUCGUGGUCAACCUCCGCGGCGCGCUGCGCAAGUUCAUGGACAUCCCUCGCAUGUGGCGCUCCAACCCCGUGGACGCCUCCAUCUGGCUCGUGACCAUGCUGACGUCGUCGCUGGUCAACACGGAGCUGGGUCUCCUCGUCGGGCUCCUGGUGUCGGCCUUCUGCGUGCUGGGCCGCACGCAGCAAGCCCAGGUCCGCGAGCUGGGCCGCGCCAAGAACCGGGAGCAUUACGAGGCGCUGUCGUCCUACCGGGGACUCCACACUCACCCGGGUGUUGCCGUUUUCCGGUACGACGCUCCGAUCUACUACGCCAACCAGAGCUUGUUCAAGAAAUCGCUGUACGGCCGUGUGGGUCUCGACCCGGUGAAGGAGAGAUUGCGGCGCCUGAAGUUCGAGAAGAAGCAAACGAAGAACAACAACAAAGAGCUGGAGGAGGUCGUGGGAGUUCCGGAUAUGUCGGAGAAGGACGGCGCAGACGCCACCGUGACAGUCAGCGUGACGCCUGAUGGGAAACCUGGCCCCCGCAGCGUCGUGUUGGACUGCAGUGCCAUCUUGUUUCUGGACACGGCGGGAGUGAACGUGCUGAAGGAGGUGCGCAAGGAUUACAGAGACGUCGGGGUGAAGGUGGUUCUGGCUCAGUGCAGUACGUCGGUGCUGGACACGCUGGAAAGAGGCGGCUACUUCCCCGACGAGAAAGACGAUGGAGACAAAGUCUUCUUCACCAUUGCAGACGCCGUCCACUACAUCUACGUCCAAAACGUCCCCGUGUCCAACGGAGACUGUGAAGCCAAAUGCUAGUAAUCAAAAAAUAUCCGUCCAAAAAUGAACAGUGAUGCAAAACAAAAAGUUGCCUUUGUGCCUUAAAAUGUUACAAUCAUGUGGAACCAAUGCAUGAAUUUAUACUAGUGGUGUCCAAAGACUGGGACGGGACCCACAAAUGGGUCACGGGGGAUUUUUUGGGGUCCCAAAAAGUAAGUUUGUUAAAAAAGAUUAUUUACCAAUUUAAAAUUAUAUCAGGUGUUACAGAUAUGACUGUAUAUCACGGUCAUUAUUUAUUUUGGGUCACGAUAGUUUUUAAAAAGUGGGUCUUCUUAAGGAAAGUUUGGGAAACACUAAUUUAUACUGUUUGUUUACUUAAAAAAGACAUGAAGCCUAAGUACUUUGUACUUAAAAUUGAAGUUUUACACGUUUGUUUGAAAGUCAGUUACUGUUAUUUCCGCGACACAAUGUACAGAUGAAUUGCUUUUCAUUAAUUGAUUGCUCUGUGAAUGUUUUUGGUUCGUGAAAUGUCAGAAAAUCAGUCAACAUGUGACAUUUUUAAAAUAUUCUUCUCAGCUAGAGUUAAGUAAAUGUAAGGGUUAGUCGUGCUCAGAAGAAAAUCUCUGCGAUCAUAAUAAUAAUAAUAUUGCAGGUUUAAGGGGGAUUUUAAUGCUGCUUUAACAGAAAUGUCUUAGUAGGUGUAGUCGUUAUAUAUUUUGUAAAAGCUGUUGCUGUUAAGACUGAAUCUAUGCAAUCUUUGUAAUCACAAGCAGGCUGUUCCUGGCCAUGAAUGUACUUUCAUUUAUGAAUCUAUAAUUACAAUAAUCAAGGAAAAAGUUUAAGUUAUUGUUUAGUGAAGCUGUUUACUGUCCAUUUUUGCACCGUUCAUCUAUUUAAACCGCAGUGCCUACACUGUAAAUGGUGACACCUGUUCAGUGCCUAAUAUACUGUUUAUGUGUGUUUUGUGAACGUUUUCAUACCAUGUCCUUUUAAUAGAUGACUUUUAUUGUCACAACUGGAAAACUGAGCCGUCUCGCACAAAUAUUACGCUCACAAAAAGAGUUUUUUAAGAACAAAUGUCAUGAUUUGGAAGUGGAGAAUCUCAUAUUGAGUCAGUUUUUUUGCCACCAGUGAAUGUUUUCACUCUGAUGCACUACGUUAGGAUGUUUGAAGACAAGUUUAAUCUUGACUUGUACCUCAUAAUCACUGCUUUUGUGUUUGUGUUAAAGAGCCCGUUCAGACCUGGUAUUAACAUCACCGGUUAUUAAAGCAGAUUAGUCCGAGUCCAGGCAGAGAAAGUUCUCUGGGAAUCGUGUGUGAAUAAAAAACAAAACAUCCUCAGUUCACAUUGAAUACCGCAUGCUCAAAUGACUUUAAUCACAAUUAAUCCCAUAAUUUUCCGUCAGUAACUCCACAACAAUAAUAAUAUGUACUUAGUGCAAAGACUGUUCAGCAUGUUCUCCACAGUAACUUUAAAAAUGCUCUAAUAAUAUGCUGGAAAUAUGCUUACAGUGGUAAGUGGACUCUAAAUUUGCUGGGGUUAUUGAAUGCAUGUUUCUUGGAGCUCAAUAAAUUGACAAUCCCGCUUUACUCUCA